UAUCCGUGACGUUUCUUUGCUGCUGUUCCAACAACAAUGACAGAUAAACAUCCAAGUGCAGGACGUGGACGAGCCCCCAGUCUUCUCCCAGCCCACCUACACCUUCAGUGUGGAGGAGGAGCGCAUGGUCAACAUAGGAGAUGUGAAGGCUGUGGAUCCAGACCAAGCUAAAAAUAGGAUUAGGUACUCCAUUUUGGACAAGGGCUGUCCUAUUGGUGUCAACCCUCUGACAGGGCAACUGUUCACCCUCAGGACCUUGGACAGGGAACUGGAGGACACACACAUCUGUCAGGUCAAGGCACAGGAGGAGCCAAGUGGUCUGGAGUCCUUUGUCACAGUUAAGAUUUUAGUCCAGGACAUUAACGACAACGCACCUGAACUGGACGUAGAAGAGAUCUACGUGUGUGAGACGGACGCCCCUAAUACAGUUAUAGCUACGCUGAGGGCCACCGAUAAAGACGACCAGCCAGUUUCCUUCACCUUUGACCUGGACAAUGAAAACUCCAAUUUCUCCAUCCGAGACUUUGGCAAUAACACAGCUGAAGUCCUGGUGAAGCAGGGACCGUUCAGCCUGGACGAUGUGAAUGAUUACACCGUGGACGUGCGCGUCAGUGACGGAGGCACACCUAUUCAGACGAGCCUCAUCACACUGGCCAUCAAGACGUGCAGCUGCGGAGUCGGUCGGAUGCCCACGAAGUGCAAGGCUAGCGCUCAGAGAACGUCUGUCAGCGUCCAGGCCUUGCUAGCGAUCCUUCUCUGCAUCUUGACUAUUCUAGUCAUCGUGAUCCUGUUUGUGGUAAAGAGAUACUACCACAAAGAUUCAAUGCUGAACGUGAAGAGUAACCAGGAGUUUCAUGAGCAGCUGGUCACGUAUGACGAAGAGGGCGGAGGAGAAAUGGACACUAACGGCUUCGACAUGUCCAUCCUGACCACCGCUCGCCAAGACGGCUCCUUACUCCGCCGUCCCGACCACCACCUCCACCCCCACCCCUCCCUCUAUGCCGUGCCACAGAAAGCCCAUCAUCCCACUGCACCUAAAGGUGACAUGGCCGCGAUGAUAGAGGUGAAAAAGGGUGAGGCGGACCAGGACAAAGAUGGCUACCCCUAUGACACCCUCCACAUCUACGGCUACGAGGGACCGGGGUCUUUAGCAGGUAGCCUUUGUUCUAUAGAAAGUUCCUCCGCCGCGUCCAACUUGGAUUACGACUUCUUGACCGACUGGGGGCCGAGGUUCAAGACCCUGGCCGAGUUGUACGGAGUGGAUGAGCCGGACUCCGAAUACUGUUAAACUGCAGCUAACAGUUUGAAUGCAUUUGGCUAAAAAACCAAUUUCUUGGCGAAGGGGAAAGGUUUUGGCCUGAAGGACUUUUUCUGUCACUUUUAUUGCAACAAACCCUUACAAACCUUUGAUAUCAGUCGUUAUUUUUUACUUAAUCUUCGUUAUCUUUUACGUUUGUCUUUUUUUUUAUAUAUAUCUUACUUAGCAGUUUAGUAAUGUAAGUCUAAGAUGAAAAAUAGAAGAAAAGUGAUUUGUUUGACCUCACGUUGACCCGUUGAUUAGGAUCGAUUAUGUUUGUGGUGUACUUAAUACAAAAAACGUUUUUUUUUUGUAUUUGUUUCUUUUGUUUAUAGAAUAGAAUAGAAAUAAGGAUGUCCGAUAAUAUCGGCCCAAUAUUAGCCUAAUUAUGUCA